UUAAAUAUUGGACUGCGUAGAGUGAAACUCUUUUAUAGCUAAGAACUUCGAUUGAAGCAAACAUAUGGCUGAUAUCAAAGUCAUCAUUCUUGUUUUUCUUGCACAUUUUUCUGUGAUUUGUGCUUCUAGCAUUGGUGAGGAUGUGAAAGAAAUAUUUCAAAAAUUGGAUGAAUUAAGUAGAAAAGUUAGCACUCUGGAAUCGAAAAACAGCCUGUUGCAAGAGGAACUAAAUCGACAAAAUGGAUCAUUUCAAGAAUUUAAAACCAAACAUGUACAGGAGUACUCUGAUCUUAGCAAGAAUCAUCAUCGAUUGGUAGGCGAGUUUAAAAUAUUGAAAUUCAAAGACUUUGAACCAAUCAAGAAAAGAGCUGAUCUACAAGAUGAGAAAAUCAAAAAACUGGAGUCUUUACAGAGCACCGUCAACAGUCUCAGCACUAAACUUGGGGAAGCCCCUCCAUCUUUUUAUGCAAUGAUGACCUCGACCGUUCAAAUACAAGGAUCAAACCAAACCAUAAUUUACGACAAAACAGGAACAAAUAACGGCAAUGCGUAUAACACGUCUACUGGUAUCUUUACUGUGCCGGAAACUGGAACCUACGUCUUCACCUGGACCGCCUUUAGUUACGUCGAGGAGUACGUGCGUCUGGAAAUAGUUGUGGCGGGAACAAUCUAUGGCGGAACUCUAAGCGACACGCAGGAAACAAGCGAUGCAGAUACGGAGACGGCCAUUGUUGUCGUCAACGCCAACACCGGAGACGAGGUAUAUAUCCGUAGCCAGAGUGAGGACCCAGGCGAUGGCCACCUGUAUGUGGAGCAUGAGUGUUCGUCGACUUUCUCCGGAUGGAAAAUUUCAUAAGACUCACACUCGUACAAAAAAUGAUGUUAACUUGCAGUAUUUUUUAAAUUUAAAACAGUACUGAAAAUGAUAAGAAACAGUUAUUGGCAAUUAUAUAUUACUACAGGCUAACCAAGCAUUGGUAAAUAUAUGUAUGCUUCAAAGUUAUCAUUGGUCACACAUUUAAUUUAUUUAUUACAUCGCUAGAAAAUGUGCUCAACAGUGUUAUUACAGAACAUUUAUGAAUGUUUCAUAGUUCAAGUAUCUCUUAAUAAACAGAAUACAGCAGAGAGAAAGUAUCUGAUUACAUUACAUAGUACUUAGAUUGUUCUCUGAAAAAUUGGAGGUGAUCCAAAUAAUAACAAAAAGGCUACUGAAACCUUUCCACAAAAAAUCUAAAAUACAUGUAUGAUAAGAAUGAUUGUACAUUUAUUAUCAUAAGUUGCUUUUCAAGAUGACAGUUUUAUCAUAUAUUGUACGUGUUUAAAAUUAUAAGCAUUAGCUAUCCUUUUCAUGAAAAGAAAAGAAAAACCCUUGCUGUGGCUCUCAACUCGACAUUUAGUUUGAUCUAUAUUGUAGACGUAUUAUCAGUAUCAAUUAACAAUAUUUAAUUCAAUUCAUAUGUAGACUCGAUAUAACCCAGUGAACAUGAAAUAAGAUUUUUUUUCAUAUUUGCAAAUUUUAUUAGAAAAAGAUGAUAAUGUUAAUUUCACAACAAAACUUUAAGUAAUUAUCAAAAUCCCAUACCUAUGCUGUAAAACAGACCCUUCUAACCUGAAUUUGGGGUUUAUGUCUUCCAGCUGAUUUGAUACUCCAUGCUCUACGUACGAACAAUAUCUAAAGCAAGCAAGUUAUUGACAAACAGGUUGAUGACACAAGGGUAUCUACAAACUCAUUCUAAGUUAUCAUUUCUGAUAUCUUAACUUUGGCUCGAUACCUUGUCAGCAAGUACAAUCUUAAAGUUUCAAUAAACUUGACAAAUACUGACUGAUGUUUUUUGAUACCAAUUGUAAGACCAUUUUUACUCGCUGAAUUGACCGUGGGUUUUUCUGCUUCCCCUUUUAUGAUAUCGAGCACACGGCAGGUGUGCUCGGAUAUCAGAAUUAAUUAUAGAUAAAAAUAUUAUAUAGAGUAUACUAAAUACAAAAGGUACUGAGUCUGCAAAGCUGACCUGUGUUGCAUAAAAUGUUUUUGAAGCCCACCAAUGAUAUAUUCACUAGUACUAUCGCUUUACUUCAUUUUAUUCAUUUGUAUUCAAAACUUUUAUACUAACAGUUCAUCAUUGAAAAUUUACUUAUUCAUUUUUA